GCGCGGAGCGUCUGGCACACCUGUCAUUGGUCUAGAGAAGCACGAGAGCACAGGUGAGGCGCCGACACCUGGAGCCGGACCUCUGUGGAUUUAACUUUUAGUUUGCGUGGAGUAAAGUAACAAACAUGAGCAAAACGAAGAAUAAAAGUGAGAAUAAGACGGAAAAGGCUUUGGCUGCGGAGAAAGAGCAGUUCGGGAAACAGCAGCUCCACAACAUCAGCAAAACUCUCACGUCCGCUGAAACCCCGCCCAAAGAGAAAUAUGUCCGCAAUAUCAUCAUAGGAACAUAUAAGGAUGGUGGAGCUAUGACCUUCUGGUCCUACGCUCUGAACGUGCCUCUGUCCAGCAACGCCAUCAUCAGCUGGAAGUUCUGCUAUCUGCUGCACAAAGUGCUCCGGGACGGACACAAAAAUGCUGUAAGAGAUUCUCACAGAUACUGUCGCAACGUUAAAGAUAUGGGCACCCUCUGGGGAAACUUGCAUGAUCGAUAUGGACACAUUGUUGCCUUGUCUGCCAAAUUCCUCUGCCUCAAAAUGGAAUUUCAUGCGAAGCACAAAGUGAUCCCAGGCAACAUGGAGGCCUCUGACGAGACCUUGGAGAAGGAAGCAGGAAAUGACAUGAACAAAGUGUUAGAUAUGACACAGGAACUGUUGGAUUGCUUGGAUGCUGGACUGAAGAUGUCUGAGACAGUUCUGCGUCAGCUGGACGCCAAUGCUGCCAAAUCUACAACUCCAGCUGGACAGUGCAGACUGACGCCUCUGAUACCCCUCAUACUGGACUGCAGCUUUCUCUACCACUUCUCUGUCCUGUUGAUGUUCAAACUUCACAGCCGCAUUGCUCCAGAAGUUCUUCUUGGACAUCGAGAGCGGUUCCGGGAUCAAUUUAACAACCUCACACAGUUCUUCGACAGAGCCAGAGAAAUUGAGUUCUUUAAAAGUAUCAUCCAGAUCCCAGAUCUCCCUGAUGCUCCUCCAAACUUCCUCCGCGCCGCUGCCUUGGGCGAAUAUAAAAAGCAAGUGGUGGUGAUGCCCAACGAGGAACGUGAAGAGGAGGAGGAAGUGGAGCCGCAACCAGAGUUUAGGGAAGUGCCGCAGUACUAUUUGCUCAAUCAAAUGGGACCACCUGAUGCUUCACUUGGGCAGAAGGAAGCAGAGAAUGAAAGUCUGAAGAGAGAGCUAGAAGCUCUCAGACCAGAACUUAAGCUCAUCAAGACCGAGGCUCAGAAGUAUGUAACUGAGUUAAAGGCUAAAGUGAAUCGUCUGGAAGCCGAGGUCGAGGAGCAGCGCACCAACAAACAGAUGGCUAUGAUGGAAAAGGAACAACUGCAGAUGGAAGUGGAAGCUUUACGGCAUGCUAAUGUCGCCAAUGUCGGGGCUCAGAUCGGAUUCAAGGAGGCAGACACAAGAGCUCAGGCAGCAGAGCUUCGGUUCACUCAACUCAAAGAGAGACAUGCAGAGCUGAUUACAAGUCACGCUGACUUAAUGAAGAAGAACGCAGAGACAGUGAAGUUGUUGUCUGGUACAAAAGAAGGCCAAGAAGAUUUGCUGAGAGCCAAACAGCAGCUGGAAAAUGAGCUGGAAAUACUACGGCAGGAGAAAAGAAACACAAUGAAUCAGCAGCAGCAAGAGUUUGAACGCCUGAACAAAGAACUACUGGAGCAAAGAGCAGAGCUGGCUCUCCUUCGCAGUGCUCUGAACAACAAAGAGAUGGAGGGAUCUCAGGUGAGCAGCAGCCUGGCAGCUCUGCAGGCGGAGCGCGAAGUGCUGCUGCGCUCUGCCAGAGAGAAAGACGCAGAGCUUUCAUCUCUGAGACUACAGGCACAGCAGCAGCAGGGCUCCCUGGACCUGGAGAGAGACAGACUCAACCGAGAGCUGGAGGCCCUGAGAGCUCAGCUGCAGCAGCAGCUUGCCAUCAACGCAGAGCAGAAGUUAGAGAUCGACAGACUGAGACGAGAGCUGGACUCGACACGAGCAGAACUGACACGAGCAAACAGCGCCCUGCAGAGCAAAGAAAUGAGUGGUACCCAGCUGAACAGCACACUGGCAGGGCUGCAGGCGGAGAGGGAGGUGUUGCUGCGCUCGGUGAGGGAGCAGGAGGCCGAGCUGAACUCCCUCAGACAUCAAGCUCAGCUCCACCAGAGCAACCUGGAGCAGGAGAGGCAGCGCAGCAGCAUGGAGCUGGGAAACCUGCACGCUCAGCUACAGCAGCAGGCGUGUCGUGGAGGUGAACUGGCCCAGAAGCUACAGGAGGAGCAAUUCUGUCUGCUGCAAUGUGCAGUGGUGGAGGCUGAGGGCAUCAUACUGGACGCUGUGGCCAAACUGGACGACCCCAUACAUGUCAACUGCAUCAGCUCACCUGAUUAUUUGAUGAAUCGAGCUGAAAUCACUCUGGUUUCUAUUGACAAAAUGCAGCAAAACCAUUCAGUCUACUUGGGAAACAGGAAUGAUGCCAGUGGUUUGUUGAGAGCGGUCACACAGUUCUCCCACCUCGCAGCUGACACGAUUGUCAACGGAGCAGCAACAUCACACUCUGCUCCCACCGACCAGGCUGACUGUUUAACUGACAGCUGUCGGGAUUGUGCGAAUCACUGCCUUCAGUUCUUGAAGGACUUGAAGCUUCAGGCCAGUUUACCGAGAGCAGACCCCUCUGCGGUACGCUACACUGUUCAGCGCAUCCUCGCUUUGGGAAAGGAUUUGCGUCCAAAAGGGCAGGAUGUGCAGAAAGGAGAGCUGGGAUACAUGGUGGAUAAAGAGAUGAUCGCUACGUCAACUGCCAUCGAAGAGGCUGUGCUGCGAAUGGACGAGAUACUGAAUCAGGCAAAGAGAGACACUUCUGGCAUCAAGCUUGAGGUCAACCAGAGUAUCCUGGGAUCCUGUUCAGACCUGAUGAAAGCUGUUCAUAUGCUGGUGACAGCUUCUACUGACCUGCAAAAAGACAUUGUGGAAGGAGGCAGGGGGGCGGCGUCUGUUACAGACUUUUAUGCCAAAAACUCUCGCUGGACAGAAGGCCUCAUCUCCGCCUCCAAAGCGGUGGGCUGGGGCGCCACACAGCUGCUAGAGUCAGCUGAUCGGGUUGUGGGUGAAAAGGGGACAUACGAGGAGCUCAUCGCCUGCUCUCAUGAGAUCGCGGGGAGCACUGCCCAGCUAGUUGCUGCCUCAAAGGUGAAGGCCGACCGCAACAAUAAGAAGCUGUACACGCUAAAGCAGGCCUCACGGCAUGUUAACGACAUGGCUGCUGUUGUUGUCACCUCCACCAAACAUGGGCAGCAGAAGAUCUCUGAUCAAGGUGUGAUGGACUUCUCUGGCAUGUCUCUGAUCAAGCUGAAGACAGAGGAAAUGGAAGCUCAGGUGAAGGUGCUGCAGCUGGAGAGCCAGCUGGAGCAGGAGCGAGUCCGUCUGGGGGAGCUGAGGAAGAGGCACUACGAGCUCGGGGACGCGGCCGAUGACGCAGAGAACGGAGACGAUAGCUUCCCGCCACCGCCACCGCCUACUCUGCUGGACUCAACGCCAGAGCCUCAGCCCUUGUCACAGACCAAUCCCUUUGCACCGGCUCAAACGCUGCCUCUGUCUCAAACACCAACAAACACCUACUCGCAGGCCCAAUCCAAUACACCUCCACAGACCUACACCCCUCCUCAGACCUUCACCGCUCUGCAGACCUACAUGUCAUCUCAAACCUACACGCCUACUACAACUUACACGCCUCCUCAAACCUACACGCCUCCUCAAACCUACACCCCUACUACAACCUACACCCCUACUACAACCUACACCCCUCCUCAAACCUACACCCCUACUACAACCUACACUCCUCCUCAAACCUACACGCCUACUACAACUUACACCCCUCCUCAAACCUACACCCCUACUACAACCUACACCCCUACUACAACCUUCACACCCUCGCUGCCUUACGUCCCAGCUCAGCCCUACACACCAAACGUGACGCAAAGUUACUUAAAUCCUCAGUCUUACUCACCGUCACAACCCUCAUCACACACAUCCAGCCUCUCCGGGCCUCAGUCCCCAUCUCUGCCCCAGAAGACCCUGCAGAACAACACCGAGACCACCAAACCAGCCUCAAGGAGAUCAAACAUCUUUACCAAGUCUGGAAACUUGCUGAAGAACGCGUUCAAACGAGGUGAAACUGGAACAGGGGAAUCUUGAAGCUUGACUGAGAUUUUACUGGAAGUAUAAAUGUACUUUUUAACGUAUUAAAAACACUGAUUUUAAUCUAAUUUUAUCUCUGUAAAAAGGUUACAGGAGGUUAAACGCAGCACAGUUGAUGCACAAAAAUGUUUGUUUUAUUUCAGUUAAAUGUGCAAAGUAAAGGUCGAUGGAAUACUUUCAAACUUAUUUUGUAAUCAUACUGAAGCCUAUAUUAUGGUACUGAUUCCUGUUGUUUACCGAAUUGAUUUAUUAAAUACCAUAAAAUCUGAAAA